GCGUCAGAGCUCUCCCUCCUGCUAUAAAAGCUGAAGCCACUGCAGCAGCAUCAGUCUGGGUUCUUCACCGAAGCCCUACAGACACAUUCACACAGAGCCAGACAGAGCAGCCUGUCCUCACAGCACAGCACAGCCAUGAGUACCCUCGGCUUUGACCCUUACUACUCCUCCUCCUCCUACCGCCGCUGGUAUGCGGAGGGAGCCCCCCGAGGGGUGGUGACCAGAGGGAGGUCACGCUCGGCCUACUCCUCCCACACCUCUCCCCUGUCCUCCGUGAGCUCCCGUUUGCAGUACUCCUCUCCUGGACGGGCUCUGCAUUCAUCCCAGGCUUCCUCCUCCUCUGUGGAACUGGAGCUGAGCCAGGCGGCCCAGGUAAGUUCUGAGUUCCGCACGGUGAGGACCCAGGAGAGGGCCCAGAUGCAGGAGCUCAAUGACCGCUUCGCCGGCUUCAUCGACCGCGUACGGGAGUUAGAGCAGCAGAACCGUGCGCUGGAAGCUGAGCUGAUGCUGCUGAGGCAGAGGCAUGGGGAGCCCUCCCGUCUGAGGGCCCUGUAUGAGCAGGAGGCGCGGGCUCUGAGGGCCGCCGUGGAGGAGGCGCGUGGGGAGCAGCAGGCCGCCUUGGGCCAGAGGGAACGUCUGGAGCAAGCCCUGAACGCCCUGCAGGCCCGCUACGAGGAGGAGGUGGUGGCCCGCGAGGAUGCGGAGGGCAGGCUGCUGGAUGCGCGGCGUGGUGCCGACCAGGCCACCCUGGCCAGGACCGAGCUGGAGAAGAGGGUGGAGACCCUGCUGGACGAGCUGGCCUUCCUCAAGAGGCUCCACGAGGGGGAGGUGGUGGAGCUCCAGGCCCAGGCACAGCUGGGAGCCCAGGUGGCUGUGGAGAUGGAGGCAACCACACCGGACCUGUCCGGGGCUCUGAGGGACAUCCGGGCCCAGUACGAGAGGCUGGCGGCCAAGAACAUGCAGUCUGCUGAGGAGUGGUUCCGUGGGAAGGUGGGCUCCCUGACGGAGAGCGUGGCCCAGCACAGCGAUGCAGUGAGGAGCUCCAGGGACGAGGCUGGGGAGUUCCGCCGGCAGCUGCAGGCCCGCCUGCUGGAGAUCGAUGCCUGCAGGGGUCUCAAUGAGUCUCUGGACAAACAGUUGCACGACAUGGAGGACAAGCAGAGUGCUGAGAUCAACAGCAUGCAGGACACUAUUGGCCAGCUGGAGAAUGAGCUGGGAGCCACCAAGCAGGAGAUGGCUCGCUACCUGAAGGAUUACCAGGACCUGCUGAAUGUUAAGAUGGCCCUGGACAUCGAGAUCGCUGCCUACAGGAAGCUGCUGGAGGGGGAGGAGUCUCGUUUCAGUGUGGGCGUGUCCGGGGGUAUGUCCAGUAUGUCCAGUGUCUACGGCCACACCCUGUCGGCCACACCCUCCUUUGGCCGCUCUAUGUUCUCCAUGCAGUCCAGCCUAAGCUCUGGCGCCCCCUACCUGAUGACCUCACGCUUCCUCAGCUCCUCAUUCGCCUCUGGAGAUGACAUCAUCUCUGCCAGCCUGGCCCAGCGCGACUCUGCCAGCCUACCACAGGAUGAGAAAGAGGAGAAGGAGGAGAAGGAGGAGGAAGAGGAGGAGAAGGAGGAGGAGGAAGCGGAAGAGGGUGGAGAGGAGAAGGAGGAAGAGGAAGAGGGUGGAGAGGAGAAGGAGGAAGAGGAAGAGGGUGGAGAGGAGAAGGAGGAAAAGGGAGAAGAGAAGGAUGAAGAUGGAGAUGAGGGAGGCGAGGUGGAGAAGGAAGAUGGGGAGGAUGCUAAGGACGGAGAAGAAGGUGGGGAUGAGGUGGAAGAGAAGGAAGAAACUGGAAAGGAGGAUGGAGAGAAGAAGGAAGAUAAGGACGAGGGUGGGGAGCAGGAAGGAAAGGAAGAGGAGGGGGGAGAGAAAGAGGGAGGAGAUGAUAAAGAAGGGGGUGAUAAAAAGGAAGCGGAUCAAGCUGAGGAGAAAAAAGAUGACGAAGCAGAUACCAAAGAAGAGAAAGGUGAACCAGAGAUAUCCAAGUCCGUAGUAAAGAGUGAAAAACCUGCCGAAGAGAAGAAAGACGAAUCUGAAAAACCAAAAGCUAAAAAGUAAGUUUGUGGCCCUAGACUCCACAAGCCAAAAGACGUUUAUCUAUUAAAAACCUCAGCUCGACAAACAGCAGAAAUACCCAACAUUAAUGACUUCAGUGUGCUUGUUAACAAGGUGCUCAAUACAAUACAUAUUUUAGUGCACUACUGCAUAAAAAUCAAGGAUAACUGCUUGCAAAGAUAAUUAAAAGUAAAUUAAUGUCUGGUCACACAAUUCCUUGAGUGUGUGUGUGUAAGAAUGUGUGUGCUGUGCCUGUAUGCAAGUCUGCGAGAGUGUGGUUUUGGAUGACUAAAUAAAUACUAUUAACAGCCAUGCA